AUUUUAACCAACACGAUCAGCGUUCGCACAUUUAUAAUAAUUGUUUUAGCAGACAUGAUUAUUUAGCCUUAUUGUGUAUUUGAAGAUGAACUUGUCUAACUCUCUUUUGAUGUCAAUACUGCUGCGCAUCGCUUAUGGUUUCACAGUUAAGGGUCCAUCAGGUCCUCUGGUUGUUCCUCUGGGAGGUUCAGUUCUUCUGCCCUGUUCUGUUGAUUCACUCUCAUCACUGAAGGAUCUGGAGGUGGAAUGGAAAAGAUCAGACUCACAGACUCUCAUUCAUCUGUAUCAAGAUGGAGAUAUUAGACCAGAAGUCCAGAAUGAGGAUUAUCAUGAUAGAGCUCAUUUCUUCACUGACGACAUUAAACAGGGAAACUUCACCCUACUGUUGAAGAAUGUGACAGCUGAAGAUGAAGGUCAAUACACAUGUACAGUUCACAGUGGACAAGAGUCUGGUGAAACUGUGAUGGAGAUUAAAGAUGUUGAGCGUUUGAUUGUGUCAGGAUCAAAUAAGUCUCUAUCAGUGUAUGUGGGUGAGGACGUGACUCUGAACUGCUCUGUGGACUCUCACAUCCCAGCUGAAGAGGUUUCAUGGAAGAAAAGAGUUAAAGAUGAACACAUCACAGUUCUGCUCUAUCAAAACAAAGAAACUCAACCAGAAGCAUCAGACGCGCAAUACAGAGACAGAGUUGAGUUCUUCAAUGAUGAAAUCCACAGAGGAAACUUCUCUCUCAGACUGAAGAAAGUCAGAACUGAAGAUAAAGGACUUUACAUGUGUCAAGUGUUUGCUGGACGAUUCUCAGACAACACGACUGUAACACUGGGACAACUGGGUUUCUCUUCUUUACACAUAAUGGUGUUGAUUCUGUGUAUUUCUGCAUGUGGAUCUGCUCUUCUCUUCUGUUCUCUCAUCUACUGCAGAUCAAAACAUAAAGAUGCAGUCAUUCAUCUCCAGAUGUUAUUGAUCCUUUGUCCAAAUAUUAUCAUGUUCUUUGCAUUCGUCUUCUGGGGUGUUUCUGAUGGUUUUCUGAACGAGACGGUUACUUGCUGUGCUCUGUUUUUUCUACGGCCUCUAAUGUUGCUUUGGACUGUACCCAAAGCAAAUGAACUUUCAGGUAUAACCGGACAUUGGGUGCGUUACGGCUUUCGUCUAGAAUAUAUUAUUUUCACCAUUGUUGUUUUCUCAGUUCUCUAUAAGAAUGUUAUAAAUAGACUCCUGCAUUAUUCAGUGUUUGAAAGAGGAAUGAUAACAACGUUGUUUGCAAUAGUGCCUAUCAUGUGUGGCCUCAUCAUCAUUUACAUAUUUACAGCAAUGAUACCUCGAUUGACACUCAACAUUAUGGCUUUCAUAAGCUUUGAUAUUCUGCCUCCAUUACAACUCAUCCUCCUGUUCUAUGCAUUUGGAAUUGCCAAAGGAACAUUUCUCAUUGCUGGAGUUUUACCAGUGAUUGUUAUUGUGGCAAGAUUCGAUUGGAGUUAUAUAUGUGGGAAAGAAGGACUCAGAUGUUCACGUGUUGUCAUGGGAACAGGCUGGAUUAUAUUUACAUUGCUGAUGAACGUGAUAUUGGCUUUACUUUACAUCAUGGCACUGGAAAAUGAGAUUGAUCGUGCAGGAUGGAUCUGUUUAAUUGUGUUUCUUCAAGUAUUAUGGACGUUUAAUAACUUCAGACGUUCUUUUAAUCAUUGGGAUACCAGGAGCAAUAGUAUUGUGUUUGUGUUUGGAUCAGUUGGUGUUGUUUUAAUCAACGCUGUUGCUUUGAUGACUGAACUGAUAUUGAAAACAGUUAAUGGUGAGCGUUCAUUGACAGAUUUGAGAAUCACUGUCUUCUCCUCUGAGAGUCUCACUGUUAUAUGCCUGUUAUUUCUACAACUAUUUGACACGUCUGAAGAGUCCGACCGAUCAAAGAAGCUUCGUCGGCAGUCUUCAUUCACACAAAACUACUACAAUAGACACACCUGUCAUCAAAAUCACAACACACAGCAGAACCCAACAGAGGAACAUGAGACUCUGUCAGUGUAAAUGUAAGUGUUGCUGGAUGAAAGAAGUCUGGUUCAGGAAUCAAUCACAUCUGAUCAGAAAUUGCCAUCAUACAUAUUAUUUUCGAGUAAAAUAUAAGUAAUUUUAUCAGACUAAAGUUCAGGAUUCCAACGCUCCUCCAUUUCUAAUCUACAAAUUUCAACAAACUUGUUAUUAACACUUUAAUAGUUUUUGAGUUAUUCUCAGACUUGUGAAAUAAUGACCAACCAUUACUUUAGUAGUUUUAGUCUGAAUUCUCUGAGUCUGGAAUAUGUUGUAUUUUAAAAAAAAUGUUUUAAAUUGAAAUCCUAUGGGGUGUAGAGGGUGAACUGAAAUGAUAAGAGUUAAAAUGUUAUCAUUGUCCUCCUGGCCUGCAGGCAAUUCCUGAUGACAGUGAGGCCCUAGUCAGUCAGGUGUUCGGCUGCACUAGAGAGAAUUUCUAAUACUCAGUAUAAUUUUAUUUAUUUAUGUAAAUAUGUUGUUGACGUUGUUGUUGAAUUUUAUUUUUAUUUUAUGCACAUAGGAUAUUUUUUGUUUGCUGAGAUAAGCAAAUGUUUCAAUAAAACAUAUUUUGUAGAAGGCAUGAGGUUUUGGUGGUUGAUUGACAUACUAGAAAUAUAAUCGUUUGAUCAUGCAUCAGCAUGCACCUGUUAAUCAGGUAGACCUUUGUACAUUGUUGUUUAUUCACAAUUUCUGAAAAGAAUCCUCCAAUGGCUUUUAGUGCAAACCAUUAGCCCAAAUGAUGCAAAGUAGUUAAUGCCCAAAUUAUCAAAAAUAACUAACUAUAGUGUUGGUAAAUGAGUGUAGACAGUAGAGUGUAGCAGUAUUUCCAGAUGACACCCAAGUGCAAUGAAUUUUGUCUAAUGUAGAUAACUUCACAAUUUUGUGAAGCACUUUCAAAUUUGCAAAACUGAUAAUGCGUUUGCAGAUGAGUUAAAUAAUUGAUGAUCCAUGUGCUGCGCAUGGUGAUCACACCUGUUCCCAGUCAUUCCGUCAUUAUUGGUAUUGUUAUCUUCUCCUGAUUUGAACUUGUGACUGUAGUAGUUUCUUUAAAUGGUUUGUGCAGUUACUCUGUGUAUUUCUGGAUGUUUCAGCCUUUCUCUAACCAUAGCUUCCUAGGUUGAUUGUUCUGCUGUGUUUGAUUCUCUACCUGUCUCUCACUCUGUUAUAUUCUGUCUCACAUUUUGUUUUGGCUCUUUGCUUUUCUCUAUCUCUUGAGUCUUCUCUUUAAUGGAAUCUGAUACAUAAAGUU